AUGGCGACUUCCUCUUCUACUUGUUCAUCGCCCUUUCCACAGACGCCCGUCGCCCUAGCAAGACCCAACUCGGCCGCCGUCCGCUCCACCAACUACGACAACUACAACACUGCAUUCUCAGAGGACACUUCUUACAAUAACAACAACACUUUAUCCUCUCCUGUAUCCAACUCUCUAUCCUACUCAUCGCGCACCGUCUCGGCCGCCUUUGGCAAACAGUUCCUGUCUGCCAUCUCGGAGAACGUCAAGGCUCCUGGUGUCGUCGCAACUGUUGGCUCUCUAUCCCGCAAGGCUUCGCUCCACGCCCGUGCAAGGUCCCUGGCCAGCUUUGUACCUCAACUCAACCCUACCGACACCGAAGAGCAACACGGUUCAUCCAGGUCGCCGCCUCGCAAGGGUCCAUCCUUUACCGACAUAUUUACACCUCGUCGAUCAUCGCUUGCCCCAUCAGAGCCCGAGGAAGAGUCGGAGUACAUCAUGUCUUACAAGUCAUCUUUCACCGGUGGUUCUGGCCGCAUCCCUGAGCCUCAAGCCCCUGCACCCAAGCCCACUGGCCUGCGCAGCUUUUCUUGGUUCGGCUCUACAAAGAAUGCACCCGUAUCUCCUGCUCCGACAGAAAGCACCAUGGGCAUGGACAUGCUCAACCCAGCAACCUCAUUACUCUUCCCCGUAGGCCAUCCCGCAGACAAGACCCCCGCCUCCUUCGACGAGCUCCUCCACAAUGCCGAGUUCCUCAUCAACCGUCUUCAAACCGCCUACAAAGAACAAGCAUCUGCCCUUCAAGCCGCCCGCGCAGAGCGCGAAGCACAAACCGAAGAGACCGAAGAAGCCUCCACACGUGCCCAACACUUAAAACUUCAGCUCGAGAACCUGGCCGCCCAAGCCGCCGAGCAAGCAGCCACAAACCGCGCUCUCGCCGAGGAACUAGCAGCGGAAAAGCAACGCCGCCACGAAGACCGCGAACACUACGAACGCCUUGCUCGCCAAAAUGAUCUCACCNCCCGCCGCAACCGCCACAGCGACGGCAGCUCUCUGCACAGCGACAGCGGCUUUGAGAGCGAAGCCGACACUGCAGAAUCUUGCUCUCGUCCUCUGACACCCACAUCGCCAAACCCCAACAAUUACACCUUGAUGGGCAAUAAUGAGCGUUGGAGCACUGCCAUGGAGCCAAUCAAGGAGGUUGUUCGCCCCGUGUCACGAGACUCGACAACGGCUAGAAUCCCCGGCCGCACGUGUGAGAUUGACGCUGGCGUGUGGGUGUUUAUGCGUGACGAAAAGACACGUUUGGAGCGCCGGGUUCAGGAACUCGAGGGCGUGCUUGAUGGAUGUUUGGAUUUGAUUGCAUAG